CUCUCUCUCUCUCUCUCUCUCUCUCUCUUCUUUUGACGUUGAAAAAAAAUCCAAAUCCAAGCCAUCUUCUUCUUCUUUGUACAAAGGUUUGAGUUUGACAUGAUGGACGGAGCUUCACCAGCAAUGGAGACAGAAAAAUCUGAGACUCCCAUGCCGUGCGAAGCAGGAAGCCGAGGAGGGUUGCCUCUUCCAAGAGCAGAGCCCGCCGCUUUCGUCGGCAAGCACCGGUUGGCUGCUUCCAUAACACAUCUCCAGAACCAGAUCAACUUCAUUCAGGAAGAGUUGGAGGAGCUCGAAACCAUAGGUGAAUCAUCUCUCGUAUGCAAAGAGCUCAUUUCAAGCAUUGCAUCCGUUCCGGAUCCACUGCUUCCGGCGACGAAGGGUCCUGCGGAUGUUGGCUGGGAGCGAUGGUUCCUAGGUGACCACCAUGCACGACGCAACAAGCGGUGGAUCUAAAGGCUUGGAUGACAUUGUUUGAGGAUGCAACUUUCGACAACAAACUCAGAGAAAGAGGGAGAGGGAGAGAGAGAGAUUUAGAGAGAAAAAUUCCUGCUCUGUAUUAUCUCGUCACGUUUGUUGGGAAACAAAUAAAAGCCAGAGAGAUGAUCACUGUAUACACAUCUUGAAUUUUCUCAUUGUAUCCUUUCGCAUUGACUCUAACCACCCAAUACAUACAUAGUGCAAUUCUCUAUGUC